UGUAACACUGUGUUGAAAAACUUGUGCAGAGUGUUUGUUGAUGUUUGGGUUGAAGGCUAAAUAAGAGUCGCAGUAUAAAAGAUAUUAAGUGAUGUGUUUCUGUAGCUUUCCAUGGGUUUGCAAAUCCUAUUUCUGUUGCUGAAUACAGUAGAGACUUGUGAUUUCUAAACCUAAAAACCAAAACAUUUAAGUUGGCUGUAAUCAUGCCUCGUCCUUUAUUUUGCCGGAAUGGUUGCUGGGACCCGUUCGAGGAGAAGACGCAAAUGAAUCUUUUUGACCAAAACACAGGUCUCCCGUGUUUUCUUGAACCAGGUGAGGUUAGCUGGAUAGAUUCAACCAGGAAACGAUUAACUGCAUUCUCCUGGUCUGGAUCUUUGUGCUUGCCUCUCUUUAACUCUUUGCGCAUGGAGAUUCUACCUACAUGCAUUGGACCCCAAGGGCAUAUUUCUGAUGCUGCGUGUAAACAGACCGAACAAAACUGGAAAGUUUGUCUCGAUGUUAAUCCAUAUUCUCUAGAGGAUAUUAGCAUCAAAACCAAGGAGGGAUAUUUGGAGAUAACAGGUAAUCGUGAGGAAAGGCAAGAAAACAACAGAUUAAUCUCCAGAAGCUUUACAAGAAAAUACAAGCUUCCAUUCGACUUGGACCCAAAACAGAUCAGCACCGUGCUGUCUCCAGAUGGUAUUCUCUCAGUGGAGGCGCCAUUAACUGGAUCUGAAGUUGCCCUCCCUGAUGAGACUGUCAUCCCUAUUCGCAUGAUGGACAAACCUGGGUUCCACUAGAGGUUUCCAUCUUUGGUUUCAUUCUUGGGGUGAUCAUAUGGAGACAAAUUUUCCCUUACAUCCACAGAGACACUAUAACUAUUUUUGUACAUGUUCCACAUUUCAUCUUCACUUUCAUCACCUUACUCAAGAACAGUCCUCAGAUAACAUAGUUUCAGUUACACUAUGCCUGGUAAAGAUACACUAUGCCUGGUAAAGAAGAGGCACAUACUGUACAGUACAGGCUGUGAUUAGCUCUGUGUCCCUGCUUUUGCCAUUGUAUGCUUCAAUUGUAAAUUCUGAGUAUAAAAGUCCUCUACAAAGACAAUGUACAUAUACUGUAUGUCCAUAUAUGUGUAUUUUUAAUUGAUACUCAUAAAUUCUUUAAAAAGUAACUGGAUGUGUGUUAUCAGAAGAAUGAUUGAGCAUCAUCUAUCAUGUGUUAUUAGAAAUUAUUACACGGCUCAUUUGAAUGCAUGAUUUUGAUUGGCCAGUCGCGACAUUUCAAGGGUUGUUAUUUUCACUCCUUAUCUGGCACUUCGCGUCGACCCGGGUCCUGUAUUUUUUGUGCCUUCACUCCUAAUCUGACGCUUCGCGUCAACCCGGGUCCUAGUCACACUGUCGGGGCUUAUUUCUGCGAUAAUAACCGGCUGCCUGUACAUUAUCCCUUACUUACAUGAGAUGCAUACAAUUUUACGUCCAGAUAUACAGUAUAUCUAUUUGCUUUCUUAUAGUCAUUUUGACCACGCUAUGGGGGUUCCGGUAGCAAUUAUUAAUGGUUGCACAUAAUAAAACAACAAUCUGAUACAGUAAAAUAGUGCAAGCAGCUAAUCAAUACUUAACUAUUUAAAUUCUUAUUAUUUUAAUAUCAAUGAUUUAGUCGUGGUAGGUAUUUUCGGUCACCAGCGAUGGCCUGACCAACGAGUAAGAUGUAUUUCACAAAGCCAGAUCUAUAAAAAUACUUAAAUUAUGUCUGUCAGUACAUGCCAGAUUAAGUUAAGGGCUGGAACUGGAUCCUUAAAUUUACACCAUAUACUGUAACGCUGAGAACCACUUGUGCACACAAGUCAGACAUGACAAAAUAUGGUAUGGGGGAAUCUCCAAUUACAUUACAGCUCUGAAGCUGUUCGGAAAGAAGGGGGCAUGUUGAAAUAGUGAGAAUGCCUCCAAGCACCAGGUGGGAAGGGGGGCCUCUCUCCACCAUCUGUGGUAUGAGCAAGUGUAAUGAGCAAUUAAAUAUUUACAGCACAGUAAAACUCAGUCCAGAGUUUGUCAACUGUCAACAUGUUCAAUUCAAUGUUAAUUAUGAAGAAGAUAAGGGGACAGUUUUGCUUUGGAAUUCAUCUUAUUCAUAUUUAGAAUACCAAAUAAGUGUAACACACACACAAGGGAUACAUCUCAGUUGAUUCUCGAGUUAUUAUCGUACAAACAGAGGCUUAUAGCCAUCAAUACAUCCUUUUGAACUGGCAUGAAGUGGUUUAAAAAGUUCAGUACUGCAAUCCUUAGAGCCAUGAGUAUGUUUCAUCUUGUUUUGGCUUUGAAUUUUAAUGAUGUUAUGCACAGGUUUACCAGGCUUUGCAUUCAGUGAAUGUAGGUCAAAUGUCACUAGUCAGUUCUUUUUUAUCUUCAUUAUCCCCUGAACUUUUAUAAAUAAAAUAUACUGGAUAAUU